AUCGUGAAGAAUCAAACGAGAAGUUUAAUCUGAGUUCAAACAGAGUCCUGACCGAGCUAGCCGGGAGCUAACGGAGCCUGCUAGUGUUGCUAACCGUUAGUGUGUGUUCAGAUGGAGGAGACGUUAGCUUGUUAGCAUGUUAGCAUGUUAGCUUGGACACAGCCACACUAAUAACAGAGGUCAAACAUGCUGACGUAGGAUCAGCUGUCAGAGUGAACAUCACAAACAGAGAUCAUGUCUGACAACGCGCCAAACAACAACAACAACAACGUCCCUCUGAACAACAACAACAACAACAUGGGGCCAAACCGGAUCAGAAACCCCAACAUGAACCAGAACCCCCUCAUCAACGUCCGGGACCGCCUCUUCCACGCCCUCUUCUUCAAGAUGGCCGUCACUUACGCUCGCCUGUUCCCGCCGUCCUUCAGGAGAGUGUUUGAGUUCUUCAUCCUGCUCAAGGCGCUCUUCGUCCUCUUCAUCCUCGCCUACAUCCACAUCGCCUUCUCUCGCUCGCCCAUCAACUGCCUGGAGGCAGUGAGGGAGCGCUGGCCUCGUGAUGGCAUCCUGCGUGUGGAGAUCCAGAGGAACUCCAGCAGAGCCUCCGUCUUCCUGCAGUACUACGACUCCUCCGGCCUCCAGGAGGAGCUGGAUGCCGAGGAGGGGGGAGGAGGAGGGGGGGUAGUGGCAGGGCUCAGCCUGGCAGCACUGCAGGAGGAAGAAGAGGAAGAGGAGGAGAUGACUGUUGAGAUGUUCGACAACAGCUCAGUACAGUUUGAGCUGGACAUCGAGCCUCGUCUGAAGCCAUCUCUGAUUGGAGGAGGUGUCGGGGGAGGAGGAGGAGGAGCAGCGGGAGGAGGAAUGAACGACAGCCAGGACGUCUCCUUCAGCCAGACCACUAAAGGUAUGCAGCCGCUGAAGGACUCAGUGUCUGAGCUGGAGAUGAUGACCAGAGCAGUGUGGCCUCAGGAGGAGUAUAUGGUGGAGUAUUCCUUGGAGUACGGCUUCUUGCGACUCUCUCAGAGCACCAGACAGAGACUCAACAUCCCCGUCAUGGUCGUCACUCUGGACCCGAUGAAGGACGAGUGUUUCGGGGAUGGUUUCAGUCGCUUCCUGUUAGACGAGUUUCUGGGAUACGACGACAUCCUGAUGUCGAGUGUGAAGGCGCUCGCGGAGAAUGAAGAGAACAAAGGGUUCCUGAGGAACGUGGUCUCUGGAGAACAUUACCGCUUCGUUAGCAUGUGGAUGGCCAGAACCUCGUACCUGGCAGCCUUCGUCAUCAUGGUCAUCUUUACUCUCUCUGUGUCCAUGCUGCUCAGAUACUCUCACCACCAGAUCUUUGUCUUCAUUGUGGAUCUGCUUCAGAUGUUGGAGAUGAACAUGACCAUCGCCUUCCCAGCAGCCCCUCUGCUCACUGUCAUUCUUGCACUUGUCGGCAUGGAGGCCAUCAUGUCAGAGUUCUUCAACGACACAACAACGGCGUUUUACAUUAUCCUCAUUGUCUGGUUGGCCGAUCAGUACGAUGCCAUCUGCUGUCACACCAACACCAGUAAACGCCACUGGCUGAGGUUCUUCUACCUGUACCACUUUGCCUUCUACGCCUAUCAUUACCGCUUUAACGGGCAGUACAGCAGCCUCGCCCUCGUCACCUCCUGGCUCUUCAUCCAGCAUUCCAUGAUCUACUUCUUCCAUCACUAUGAGCUACCUGCGAUCCUGCAGCAGAUCAGGAUUCAGGAGAUGUUGCUUCAGAACCAACAGGCGGGUCAGAACCAGCAAACAGCUCUGCAGGACAACCUGAACAACAACCACAGACCAGGACCAGGACCAGGACCCAUCCCCCAGCCCAGCUCCUCCAGCAGCCUGGCCCAAGGGCCUGAGACGGACACCCAGCCGUCCUCCUCCUCCCUUUCUGCAGCAGGAGAAGUAGGGGAGGUGAGAGCUGAACUGAACUGGGUCGCUCAGACCGCUGCUAUCAUCACCGAGGCUCUGUCCUCCCCCUCCCAGCACCUCCCCCCCUUAGAAGGAGGAGGAGCCUUGGGAGAUCAGGUAUCAGCAGGCGCACAGCUUAGUGUAGUUGCUGAGUUCUGGAUGGGAGGAGCAUCGGGAGGAGGAGAGGGAGAAGCGUCAGGAGAAGUAGGAGGAGAGGGAGAAGCAUCAGGAGGAGGAGGAGGAGGAGGAGGAGGAGGAGGAGGAGGAGCAUCAGGAGGAGAGGGAGGAGCAUCAGGAGGAGGAGGAGCAUCAGGAGGAGAGGGAGGAGCAUCAGCAGAGGGAGGAGCAUCAGGAGGCGCAUCAGGAGGAGAGGGAGGAGCAUCAGGAGGAGGAGGAGCAUCAGGAGUAGAUUUAGAAGAACUAAAUGUGGCUUCAGUAGAAAAUAAAACCUCAACAGGAGGAGGUCCUGAUCCUCCACUCAGACAGCUCCAUGUGGAGGCUGCGGGGCUCUUCAUGGAAGUGACGGGGCCCUCUGAGGAGGCCCCCCCACAGACAGACUGCACCUCCUCUCCGAGUCCAGGACCAGACUGUAGAGCACCACAGAGCCCGUCCUGAUUACAUCAUCACCCCUCAGUCUGUUUGAUCAGGUCAUCGAUCAGUGAUCAGCUGAUUAGGUCUGUGAUCAGUGAUCAGCUGAUUAGGACUGGGAUCAUCUGAUCGGGUCUUUGAUGAUCUGAUCGGGUCAUUGAUCAGCUGAUCGGGUCAUUGAUCAGCUGAUCGGGUCAUUGAUUGAUUCUAAACGUUAUUUUUAAUUGAUACAGGUGUUUAAUUGAUAAGUUGAGGGGUCGAUCAAUCAGUCUGAUCAGAAACAGAUCAAUUUGAUGUAAUCUUCGAGGAACUGAUUGAUCUUCAGACUGUUGCUAAAUAUGAUGAUUGAUCGGUUACUUAUCAGCCUGAUUCUGACAGACUGAAACACAAACUGGACUUUUGAUUUCUUUUUCACAUGCUUUUAUUUUGAAGAAUGAGACUCUUGGAGAGCAGGACGUUUGCCUGGCGUUGGCAGUGGCGUUGGUGGACUGAGAGAUCAGCUGAUCAGGACUUCUGUCGGAUCGAUGCCUUAUCAAUAAUCCUCGCACGUCUGUGGACACUUCUGAAGACAGCCGAGCGAGCUGAUUGGAUGUGCAAUAUGACGCCAGUUGUGUCACUCAGGCUCCGUCUCCUGAUGGAGGGUGUGGCCUGUCACUGUGAUGAAUUUAUUAGAUUGAAACUGAGAAGCAGACGAUGCGUUCAGGUGCUGCUGGUCUGCUUGGAAAAACUGAGAGCCAAAAAACAAGCCGAUAAUAAAAUAAAAGAUUUCAAGAAUUGUUUAAUUUUCUGGUAAACAUGUUUUUAUUGACAGACUCAGUCCCAUCUCUCUGAAGGUAAACAGAGUGUUUGAUUGGUUAUUGGGCACUGUAAUCUUUAAACACAGCACUGAUCUGUUUUUCUGAAAAUAAUGAAAGUGUUUGUUGUAAUUCUCAUUUUGGCCACAAGAGGACGAUGUUCUUUAAAUGUUGGUGUUAAACAGCAGAGGAAACUAUUCCUCUGUGGCCUUCUGUCCUGACUCACCUGAACGCAGCCUGCCUCAUCUCACACACGCACACAGACACGUGUGUGUUGUGAAGGAGGCGGAGCCUGAGUGUGACAUCAGCACCAGUUUAGUGGGGGGGGGGGGGGGGGGGUAGUUUUUCUCUUUGUGCCUAUGGUAGAUUACUCAUCAACUGUACCCGACUGUCCAGUUAUAUCAGCUAAAUGUAUAAAACUAGUGAAGGUCAUGUGAUCAGGCAACACUGUCAAAAUAAAAGCAUCUUUAUUGAAACAUUCUGUUUGUAACACAGAGACAGUUGAGGUUCUGUAAAAACACAACGCUUUAGAUAUUUAAAACCAUAACAUCAGUGAACAAUCCUUCUAAACAGCAGAUAAAUUAAGCGAUGACAGUAACUACAGACUAAAAAUGUUUUCAAUAAAUUCUGAUUUCUUUUUUCAGAA